AUGCCAAAGCUUAUUUUGUUUUUGUUUGUUAUAACCACAACAAUAAACAACAUUGUAUUGGCAGAACCAGUUCAUGAUACAAGAGUAAUUAUUGUUGGGUCAGGAGCAGCAGGUAUAGCGGCUGCGUCAAAAUUGCUUCAAAAUGGCUUUAAUGAUGUCAAAAUUAUUGAAGCUGAGAAUCGAAUUGGUGGUCGGCUUUGGGCAGUCAAAAUCGGCCAAUGGGUACACGGUGAAGAAGAUAACGUCUCCUUCGAACUAGCUUGGCCUUUAGGACUCCUUGAACACUUUAAUUACAGCCAUGUUUUUACCACAAGAUUCUUUAAUUCUUCUGGUGAACAAUUGCUUCCAGAAGUACUCAGCGAUGUGACUUAUUUUUAUUUUAAUCUAACGGAAAAUUCUGAUGUUAAUGAUAUUGCAAAAGCUGAGUCUUAUGGAGAUUUCAUAAUAGAAAAAAUGGAAGAAUACUUUAAAAGAUUGCCAGAAGUUACAGAUGAUAUGAAGAAGUCGAUCUUGUAUCUUUUUAACUUGGUACAAGGAUCUUCUGAUGGCUCCGAUGAUUGGACGAAACUUUCACCUAAAAUGCCAAGAGAUUAUCCAAAGAAAUAUCCGAAUCCGGCAGAAGAACUACCAGUUUUAAAUAAUACGAUUUUAAAUUCAAAAGUCGUUAAAAUUAAUUAUGAUUCAUCAGAUACGCCAGUUGAAAUAACUACUGAAGAGGGUAAAAAAUAUUUAGCUGAUCAUAUUAUUGUAACUCCGUCUUUAGGAGUUUUAAAAGCUGAUUAUGAAAAAUUGUUCAAUCCACCUUUACCAGAUAAAAAAAUUAAUGCUAUUCAAAAUCUUGAAAUGGGACAUGUAGCAAAAAUUUAUCUGUACUACGAAGAUCCAUGGUGGCAUGAUGAAAUUUUUGUAAAAUUUAUACUUUGGAGUGAUGAAGAAAGGAAACAAAUGGAGGCUGAUCCGGCGAAAAGAUGGUUGUUAGGAUAUUACACGGCAGUGGAAGUUGAGCAUAAACCAAAAGUUUUAUGUCUGUGGAUGACAGGCCCAUAUGUAACAGAAAUGGAACAAGUAUCAGAAGAAGAAUUCAAUAACAAAACACUGCAUUUUGUUAAUCAAUUUUUCGGAAAGUCGUACAAUUUAACGCAGCCUUCUAUUAUAAAGAGAUCAAUGUGGAACACAAAUGAUAACUUCCGUGGAACGUAUAGUUAUCGAAGUAUAACUUCAGAUUUGAAAAACGCACAGAAUAAAGAUCUAGCUGAACCGAUAAUGAAAAAUGACAAACCGGUGGUUUUAUUCGCUGGAGAAGCUACAGAUGAACACUUUUCAACUGUACAUGGAGCUAUUCAUUCAGGGUGGAGAGAAGCUGAUCGAUUAAUUAAAUUAUAUAAAAUUUAA